UGGAUUUCAUAAAAAAAUACAUCUUUAUUCCUCAUAUAUGUCGCCUCAAUUGUCAAUUUAUCAAACACAUGCAAUAUUCACUUUGUUAUAAAUUAAACCUACAUGUCAAUUAUCAGACGAUACUCCCACUAAAUGGUUCUUUCAAAUAUAUAAUGUUUGCAAAAAGUAAAUGGGAAAUUAAUAAGUUAUUAUAAGAAAAUAUAUAAAAUUCAGUGCUCUUUAUACGGGCUAAAAAGACAGCGCGCCAACAGCCGCACUAAUUUUUCUAGUUAUAUAUUAUAUAAGUGGAGAGAAUUUUGACGGCGUUAUAACGUAGCCAGCCUAGUGCUCUCAUCGCCCGUUCUGCUAGUUGGCGAAUCAAUUCGAUUGUGGCUAUCUUAAACGCACAGUUCACAACUCCACAUGCAUUCCGGUGUAACCACUGGUUCCACACAUGCUUAACCAUCUAGAAUUAGCGUGCCAGCCAAUAUAUUCCUUCCAAGUUGUAUUGCUCCGUUUUGGCGUCACAUUCACGAACCCUACCAAGCCCCGCCGGCGCGCGUAUACGUAUUUACAAUUAAUACGACGAAACAGCGAAACUUCCUAACCCCAAAUCAUCAUCAAGCGUGUUAAAUUAGGAGUUCGCGUGGUGAGUGUGCUUGAUGCGAACGUGUUACCUGCAGCUGCUGACUCGAGUGUGUGGCUGAGGCGGGGAUCAUGUCGAAGUUGCAGGACCGCCACGGUGGCGAGGCGGCGGCCGACGUCGGCCGCCGAGCGCGUCACCAGCGGCUGCUGCUCAGCUUCCCGGUGUUCCCGAUCGUGCUGCUGCUCCUCGCCCCGUGCACCAUCUUCUUCUUCACGUCCGGCGACGUGCCGCUCCCCCGCAUCCGCAUCGAGUACGCUCGCCGUGACGCUCCGACGAUCACCGCGGUGGCAGCGGACACGUCGCCGCCACCACCUUCACCACCGUCGUCGUCGCCGCCACCGUUGUCGUUUCCGCCUCCACCGCCUCCGCCAUCAUCACCACCUCCGCCAGCUCUGCCUGUGGUCGAUGAUCACAGCGACACGCAACGGUCGCUCCGGCGGCUGCGGCAGCUGACGGACAGCCCGUACACGCUCGGCCCGGCCGUGACGGGCUACGACGCGCGCAGAGCGGAGUGGCUGCGCGAUCACACGGAGUUCCCGGCGUCGGUGGGGCGGGGCCGGCCGCGGGUGCUGAUGGUGACCGGGUCGGCGCCGCGGCGGUGCAAGGAUCCCGAGGGCGACCACCUGCUCCUCCGCGCGCUCAAGAACAAGGUGGACUACUGCCGCGUCCACGGCUUCGACAUCUUCUACAGCAACACGGUGCUCGACGCCGAGAUGUCCGGGUUCUGGACGAAGCUGCCGCUGCUGCGCGCGCUGAUGCUGGCGCACCCGGAGACGGAGCUGCUCUGGUGGGUGGACUCCGACGUGGUGUUCACCGACAUGCUGUUCGAGCCGCCGUGGGGCAGGUACAGGCGCCACAACCUCGUCAUCCACGGAUGGGACGGCGCCGUGUACGGCGCCAAGACGUGGCUCGGCCUCAACGCCGGCAGCUUCAUCAUCCGCAACUGCCAGUGGUCGCUCGACCUGCUCGACGCCUGGGCGCCCAUGGGGCCGCCGGGCCCCGUCCGCGACAUGUACGGCAAGAUCUUCGCCGAGACGCUCACCAACCGGCCGCCGUACGAGGCCGACGACCAGUCGGCGCUCGUCUUCCUCCUCGUGACGCAGCGCCACCGGUGGGGCGCCAAGGUGUUCCUCGAGAACUCGUACAACCUGCACGGCUUCUGGGCGGACAUCGUCGACAGGUACGAGGAGAUGCGGCGGCAGUGGCGCCACCCGGGGCUCGGCGACGACCGGUGGCCGCUGAUCACGCACUUCGUCGGCUGCAAGCCGUGCGGCGGGGACGACGCGAGCUACGACGGGGAGCGCUGCCGGCGAGGCAUGGACCGGGCCUUCAACUUCGCCGACGACCAGAUACUGGAGCUGUACGGGUUCGCGCACGAGUCGCUCGACACCAUGGCCGUGCGCCGCGUCAGGAACGACACCGGCCGGCCGCUGGACGCCGACAACCAGGAGCUCGGCCGCCUACUGCACCCAACAUUCAAAGCCCGCAAAAAGAAGACAUCCAGAGCAGCCAGGCCCAUGUAAUGACGAAGAUCAUAUCGAAAACCGUGUAAUUAUGGAGAUAUGAUACUUUGAUUAGGUUGUAUUUUCGUUUGGAGAUAUUUCUUGAAUAUUGAUGUAUGAACGAGGACCGGAGAUAUUUAAUGUGUUGUUUUUACACCCAAAAAAAUUCUCACUUUAUGUACGAGCUAAUUCCGGUUACUUGACUUAUUAAAAAAAAUUGCGAGCAA